GCAGGAAACACCGAUAUCAACGCAUUUUGAGCUCGUCUUCCUCGCGCUAUAGAUUCACAAACUUUGCGUUGGCAAUAUCUAGCAUAUCCUUUCAAGCUACGCGAAGACAUCGGUGAAAAUGCUAAUAGAAAUAUGAACCGUGUGGACCGAGCGGAAAGGUACAAUGGACACAAUGCGUUGCACCCGGACCGCAGUAGCACGAACACCAUCUAGACCAUGUAAACAAACGCGGGAAGCUUGAGCCAGAGCAUCAUUUUUGGACAGUAAAGUGUUGAUUGUGGGAUUAUGAGACAUGGCUGAUAUUUUGACGCUCGUUUUUCGGACUUUUAUGUCACAAUCCGGUUUAAAGAAGGACGUCAAAGUUAUUACUCCGUCACCAACGACUUGCAGCACCCUGGUGGUCGGAGACCACAGCCUCAGCCGCUCCGUGCUGCUUUUGGCUUCCGUGACAGCUGCCGCGGAGAUGGGCAUAAAAGUGAUGUUCUUCACCCAGACUCAGAUCCAGAGCCUUCCAGUGUCUCUGCAGAGAUGUGUUCCCAACCUGAGCCCAGAAAGUCUAAAGAAAAUCAAGUUUUGCUAUCCCAGGACAGUGGAGGAACUCCUCCAGCAGGUGGCCAGCCUUCAUGAGCCUACCAACACGUCCCCCACACCUCCUUCACUCAUCAUAGUUGACAGACUGGAGAGCUUCCUGUCUGGUCCUGGGGGCGGCAGCCAAAGUGGAUUUCACCCUGAGGAGAAGUCUUGCGCUGCACACAUUGCUGCACUGCUGUGUGACACUGCUGCCUUUCUCACGCAAGUCCUGGAACAGCGGGGUUCAAGUUCAGCCCCCUGCCGCAUUAUUGCCUCUUUCUUGCCUGAGGUGAACGCCGGUGGGGAUCCAUCUGCAACCGAUCCUAUCCUUGAUGUACUUGACCGCUAUUUCCAGGUACGCUGUACUCUGGACCAGGACAGAGGCUAUGAAGCUACAGCAGCUGCAGUACAGGAAGUGUGGCACGUUUACCUUUCCGGGAGAGGAAUCACAGACCCUUCUUUUACUGAAGACUAUAACGACAGGCCAGGUGUAGCCCAAGAGUGGAAGCUCUUCAUUUUUCCUGAUGGUUUAAUGGAGUUUAAGUUGGUCUGAGAGAAAUUUUGUGUAGAGACAGUGGUCACAGCAACAUUACAGUGUCACAGGAUUAUCAAAAAAGGGGGGGAAAAGCUCUUCCUUUCAGAUAUCAGGUAAAAGGACCAUAACAGUUGUAGCAGUACAAUAUUUAAUGAGUUUGAAUUUUAAAUGACAUGAAGGUUAAUCAAACACAUUAACAGUCUUUACAUAGACAUUUAAGGAAUGUGAUUGUCUUAAACUAAACAGUGGUUUUCCAACAUUUUUGGCUGAGAGUGCCUUAAUAACAAGACAAAAUGACACAGAGCAAAAAGUCUCUAAAACACAUCGUAAAUUCCAAUAAACACACAGUGUAAUGCUU